CUGGUUAGUUAGUGUACCUCAGGUUACUCCUCGCCUUAACUACCAAGUCAAGUUAACUAAUAAUAAUAAUAAUACUUAAACUACUCCAACGGACGUGAAACUCGAAGCUUUUCCCCCAACCGCACCGUCCAUCGCGCUGCUCAGCUCUAGUCAACAGAAUUCAAGCAGCACUCACACACACAAAAAAGGAAAAAAGAAAAAAGAGAGAACAAAACACUAACUGUGGAGCAUCCCCCCUCCGCUUGAACCCCCCAGACUCUACUCGCUGCGGUGGACAAGAAAGAAUGCCUGCACGUUGCCUGCUCGUCAGCUCGAUCUGACCGCGAGUGCCGCGAGCAUGUCGGACCAACCGUUCCAGACGCAUGGCUUCCAAACCUCCGUCGACCUCGCCCGCAGGCAGACGUAUUCCACCACCUCGACAGCUACUACUACUACUACUACUACCACCACCACCACCCCGCUGGCGGGGGUUAAGCGACCCUGGGGCAGUAUUAACAACAACAAUUCUUCGAGUGUCGAUCCUCCCGUCCUUACCGACCGCACAAUAAUCAGCAAUCAACAAAAUAGUAAUCCGAACCAUGUCGCGUCGCCGGUCGAGUUCGUUCGCGCGUCCGCCUCCACUCGCAGGAACCGCAUUGCCGCUAGUGCCAUUCGCUGGGCCCCCGGGGCCGUGUCCGCGGACCAGCUGCCCUCCGAGUACUCCCAGAGGACCGCGGUGCCUUCGACGCCAGCGCCCAGCCAGAAUGCCCUGCUGUCUCUGCGCAGUCCCAGAUAUGGGUUGCCGGCUGCGCUGGUUGCCAAUUUCGAGGCCCUGGGCGUCAACAGUAUUUAUCCGUGGCAGGCCUCAUGCUUACUGGGGCGGGGCCUUCUCACCGGUGAGAAGAACCUGAUCUAUACCGCCCCGACUGGAGGUGGGAAAUCCCUCGUAGCAGACGUCUUGAUGCUCAAGAAGAUCAUCGAGAACCCAACCCGCAAGGCCAUCCUCGUACUGCCCUAUGUGGCCCUGGUGCAGGAGAAGCUGCGAUGGCUGCGCCGUCUCGUCGAGGGCGUCUCCAAGAACGUCGCGGAGGAUGAUGACGAUGACGCGCAGAUGACCAGCGGUCGUUGUGCCUGGAGACAGCAGCAGAAGUCCAUCCGGGUAACAGGAUUUUUUGGAGGCAGUAAAACCAGAUCGACGUGGGGGGACACCGAUAUCGCGGUUUGUACUAUAGAAAAGGCCAAUUCUCUUGUAAACACCGCCAUCGAAGAGUGCAAGAUCGACGACCUGGCGGUCGUCGUCUUGGACGAGAUCCAUAUGCUAGAUGACGAAGGUCGUGGCUAUCUCAUGGAGCUGAUGAUCACGAAGCUCUUGCUCUUGCAGCAGGAUAUCCAGAUCAUCGGCAUGAGUGCCACUCUUUCAAAUACGGAACUCCUGGCGCAGUGGCUACGCGGGAAUUACUACAUCUCCAAGUACCGGCCCAUCCCCAUAGAAGAGUACCUGGUGUUCGAGAAUGCCAUCUACCCAGCGGCCAAUGCGAAAGAGUUCUUCCGGACGGCAGCCCAGCUGAACACGACCGCCUCUCAAGGUGCUGUAGAACCCUACAGGACGAUCGACAAAUCGGAGUUUAGAGAGUUGGCAAACCCCAUGGCGAACGCCAUGGUCGCAUUGGCCGUCGAAACGGCGACAGCAGGUUAUGGCGCCUUGGUGUUCUGUGGCAGUCGCCAUGCCUGCCAGAUUAACGCCGCCCUCAUCAGCGAGGCAAUGCCAGAGCCUGCAAACUUGGAUCCCGGCGUGUUGGAGCGAAGAUUGGAUCUCUUGGCUGAUCUCCAGAGCCUUCCUUCUGGCCUCGACCCGGCCUUUCAGAAUACGAUCCUCAAGGGAGUUGCUUUCCACCAUGCUGGAUUGACCACCGAAGAACGGGAGCUGGUCGCGCGAGCUUACGACCAAGGCAUUUUGAGAGUGCUUGUAGCGACCUGCAGUUUGGCUGCAGGGGUGAACCUCCCUGCGAGAAGAGUCAUCAUGCAUGGCGCUCGUAUGGGUCGAGAGUUGAUAGGACCCGCGAUGUUACGCCAGAUGCGUGGUCGCGCGGGUCGUAAAGGAAAGGACGAGGUGGGAGAAACCUAUCUCAUCUGUCAGAAGGCCGAUUUGGAGGCCGUCGCAGAACUCUUGGAGGCAGAGACACCAGCCAUUGCCAGCGGACUUGCUCCAGAAAAGAGGGGUGUCAAGAGGGCACUUUUGGAGGCCAUAGCAACCCGGCUGGUCUCAGGUCGCGAUGCGAUCAAGGAAUACGUUGAAUGCACGCUCGUCUACCGGACCGCAGAUAACAAGGAUAUAUACAAGAUGAUGGAUGCGACUCUGCAGGAGCUGGUUGAUGAGGAUCUCCUACGACGGAAAGACGAUGAUUCAUACGAGCCAAGCGAGUUGGGACAGGCCAUCGUCGCCUCCUCCUUCUCCCCUGAGGACGGCAUGUUCGUCUACGAGGAGCUCAAGCGGGCCUUGCAGGCCUUCGUGAUGGACGGGGAUAUGCACGUCUUCUACAUGUUCACUCCACUGCAGGUUGCUCUUACCAUUGAGAUCGACUGGCCGAUAUUUAGGGACCAGCUCGAGAAUCUGGACGAGAGUGGCCUGCGAGCUCUUCAACUUGUUGGCGUACAACCCGGCUUCGUGAAUACUAUGGUGCAAGCUGGGUCCUCUCUAAAAGAAAACACCCCCGCGCAGAUCAAACAAGCCCGAAUCUAUCGCCGUGCCUAUACGGCUUUCCAGCUACGCGACUUAAGCAACGAAGUCCCCCUCUCCACGGUCGCUCGUCGCUACCACACCCCGCGAGGCGCGGUCCAGAAUCUCGCGCAGACCUGUCAUGGGUUCGCCGCCGGCCUGGUCAAGUUCUGCCAGCGCAUGGGCUGGGGCAUGCUCGCCGUCGUUCUCGAUCACAUGCGCGAUCGCCUGGAAGCUGGUGCGCGAGCAGAUCUCCUGGAGAUGGCGCAGGUCGCCUACGUCAAAAGCUGGACUGCACGGGUUCUGCGCGAGAAUGGGUUCCGGAGCGUAUGUGAGCUCGCGCAAGCAGAACCAAAGGAUCUGGUCCCGGUGCUUAUGAUGGCCAACCCGCGCAAAGCACAGAAACAUCAACAAUAUCCAAAAGAAGCAGAGCGCUACGCGGCAAAACUCCUCUCCAAGGCGGAGACCAUCGUAGCAUCAGCAAAUAAACUUUGGGAGCGCCAAAUGCAAGUCGAGAUAGACGAAUGAAUCACAUUCCGCUAAACUUCACAAUGUACCAUCCUGGAUGCGUCGUUUGGGGGGUAUACAGGGAAGUUUUAUCAGCUGCCUGUCCUGCGUCCUCGUAUAUCGAUACCACAUAUUUUGGGUAGGGGACUGCUUAUCACGGCAUUGGAUAGGAUAUAUUUCAGAGUUACUUGGAAGAAUUCAUCAUAUGAAGCAGGGGUCUUUCACUGAGUGAACUAUAUACUUGUAUGUAUAUAAGUCUGGUUUAGUGUAUCCAAAACACAUAUCAUCUAC